GAAGGAUGCGUGGCAGCUGUCGCGUGACAUCCCUCGGCGAUCAAUAGUUUAAAUGUUUCAGUACCGCUCUGCUGUGACGCAGAGGAGGGAACGACUAAAUGGCAGCGAACAAAGGGAAUGGGACGCAGCAGAAUGCGAUCGAGGAACAGCUUUUACAACAAAUCGACAAACUCCAAAUGGUGGCUCGCCUUCUCGGGUUCAGAGCUUGCAAGUCAGAGGAAGCUAACCGCAAGACAGAAGCGACUUUGAGGAAACUACAACAAAAUCGGAACCAAUUAAAACAACAAUGCAAUGAACUGGUUGAUGAUAUGGAGCACGUGAUCCUGUCAAUCGUAACUUCGCUAAAAGCAUUCCAGGCGGAAGCAAGAGCAACCUUGUUCAGUUUGCAGACACAACUGCAAAACUCAGAUAAAGAACUGCAAGAUGCCAAUACCACCAUCCGACAGUUGACGGAGAAGGUGGAAACGCUGGAGCAAACGGUGGCAGAAAACAAACGUCUGUUCGAAGUCAAUCUGCAAGCAAUCCACGUGACGUACAUAAAUGUGCUCGAAAGUGUGUUUGAGAAACUACAAGAAUAUAUGCUCAACGAUCUCAAUGCACUCAAGAACACCAACGAUGAUUUGCAUACCAGGUAUACCACCGCCUUCAAACAGCUGGGAUUGCAAUGCACUUUCCACGAAAUAUGAUGAAGAGCGUAGAAGAAGUUGAGUCUGUUGAAAUCGCUUAGCAUUGGAUGCAGGAAUGGGCAAAGGUUAUCAACAUAGUCUACCUGCUUGACUAGUCUGCAUAAUAUUGAAAAUUUAAUUUCUAUUUCGCACAUUCUGUACACGAUGGGUGUUGCGGUGUGCAUUCCAAUAUCAAAGGCCAAGGUGCUCACAUAUAAAAAUCCUAAUAAAUUCAUAAAACGAAAGUGGGUGCAUUACCAUUGC